UUAAUUAAAAAACAGCGAACAGCAACCGGUAAACUCGUCGUCGAAAUUAAUCAUCAAUCUUUUUAACAACCACAAGAUAUAUUUAGGCCACUUGAACGUGAAAUUUAGAAACGAAAAUGGUGCAACUGAAAUAGCCGAGGAACAGUACAGACACAAUAGUACACGGGACCACAUACAUAUACCGUGCACCAGGACACGCGAAGGGAAUUAAAAAACUUUGCACGACCAUCUUUCUCCAUAACCUCGACGUCGUCGGAGACGUUUCGUCGACACCGAAUGAACUUUGCAGUCGCGCACCGCUAACAAUAAAUCUGGACCAUCGUCAGUUGUAAAAGAUGUCUUUGACAUUUCAACAAAUUAUACUAGAUGCCAAAAAGUUGGUCAUUCGAAUUUCGGACCAUGAAAAUACAGCGGAUACUCUGAUAAGCGAGGUAGAGGCUGUAUGUGGACAGAUUGAUAAUAUGAAGCAGUAUCAAGAAGAAGUAGAUAUUUUAAAUACGGAAGCUAAGCAAAGGCCACAUUUGCAAUUAAUUGCUGGAAUCCAAAGGGAAAACAAACAUUUGAGAGAAAUACAGGCAGAAAAUAAAGAAUUGAGAAACGCAUUAGAAGACAACCAACAUGCACUCGAGCUGAUAAUGUCCAAAUAUCGUCAACAGAUGGCCUCUUUGUUACGUCUCAACAAAACUGAUUUUUCAUCGUUGCACAAUUCCAAAUAUGCCAACAUAAUAACCACUCAAGCAGAAAAAAUUAAUGAAAUGGCAGCUGUAAUGCGAACAGCUGCUGCUUUAGAUGAAGAAAAUGAAUUAAAGGAAAAGGAAGCAUUUCAUUCUUUGAAACAGGAGAAUGCCACACUUCGAGAAAUAGUCAAUAUUGCAAAUAAAUGUGAUUCUUUAAACAAAGAAUGUUCUGUAGAAAACAAAACUGUUCAAACGGAUUUUCCAAUAGAUUAAAAAAAUUCGCUCCUAGAUUCUUCCUUACCUUUUUAUAAGAAGUUGACAGUAUUUAUUUCUCACAAAAUUUCAUGACAUAUUACUAUUAGAUAGAAUCUUAUUUAUAGGCAAGAAGUGUAUGUGCAAGUUAUAGUAUGUAUAUAUAUAUAUCAAACAUUUGUAAUAAAUUGUAUAAGCCAUU